UCCUGCAGCGCCCCGGGGAUGGCAGAAGGGGGGGCGGCCGGCGCUCCUCCCGUCCGGCUCUGGGUGCGGCGCGUGGGGGUUUACUGCGAUGAGCACCGCAAAACCUGGCUCGUGGCUGCGGAAGAGGAGGAAGGUAUGCUGAGGGCUCGGAUCCAAAGAGUUCAGGUUCCCCUGGGUGAGGCGCUGCGACCCAGCCAGCUCCCCCCAUCCCGGCUGCCUCACAUGUGGCAGCUGUCCCAGGGUGAGCAGUACAGGGAUAGUAACUCUCGCGUUUGGGAGAUAGAGCACCAUCUCAUGCUUGGUGGUGUUGAAGAACUGCUGCUUAAACUCGUGCCUGGGGAUUAAUCUGGAGCAGUGGCUCUAGGAAGAUGCCAUUGUCUGUUUUGUACAAUAAAAGGUUCUCUCUCCACUGAAGUGCAGCCACCUCUAAGGUGGAAGCAGUUAAACAACACACAGCAACAUCACACAGGAGUUUAGGACAGGCAGUGAGGAGGAG